AAAAACACAAGCAGAACUGGAUGAGAAAAGAUAUCGACAAAGCAGCAUAUGUGAAAUGUGAAAAAGACGAACAGGUCAGAAGCAGCUAUGACAACCCUAAUCUUGGUUUUCAGUCUCCUGUCUGCAGUCUGUCUGAGUCUGGCUGUUCCUGUGGAGAAAACCAGGGGCAGGAAGACAAGAGAUUUGAGUUUUGAGGACUUCUAUCGGCCAGUCUUUCCAGUUCAAACAAUGCCUUCAUUUCCUUUUCUCAUGAAUAUGGAUCAGUUCCGUGGACUGCAACUUACACCCUACAGAUUUCCAAGUAUUGUACGCCCCUAUCCACCUGGUUUCUACUCAUAUUCAUAUCCAUAUCCACAUCCACAUCCGCAUCCACACUUAUUCCACUUCAGGCCUCCAGUGGCUGUGCAGCCGCCCAUCAUUGUGCUAGAGAGGGUCCCCCCCACUGCAAUCCCUACAGCCAGACCUCAAGUCACAGUCAUUCCCAUCGGAUGAUGACCAUCUAUCAGGAGCCAAAAAUAAUCAGCUGACAUAUAACAGGAGAAUGGCUUGAUUUUGAUUCAGACUUGAAUUUGAUAUAUUUUUAUUUGAUAAUCUUUUCUUUUUGUUAAUUCUCAGAUGGUGGUAUUGAGCACAGCCUAAGUGCUAAGUCACAUAACCCUGGAUAUUUUAAAUAUUAAAAAAUACAUAUUUUUUAGCAAUACACAUUUUUAUCUUUCCAAUUUCUACUGUAAUUUCUGACAAUCUGCUUAGCCUUUGUACGUCUAAUCAUUUAGACUUGCAUUAGCUCAAAAUAUACUUCCAUGUUCAAGUGCAUUUAGAUUAUUUUACAUCAUUUGUACUGAAAUAUUCAUUUUUCAUAUCAUGUGAUUGCUUGUGAUAAAUAAAGCUGAGUAGUGUAUUAAAAUCCCUGUUGCAUUUACAUUGAUGUGUAAAAUGUGCAGAAAACACUUUUUGCAACCCAAAUCCUAAAUUAAUGUACAAAUAAAAACUAUUAGUCUAUUUUCUACAUUUUCAUGGAUAUUCACAAUGACUUUCCUAUGGGUUGAUGUUUAACAUUUGAAUUACGUAGUCUUUACAGUGAAUAUGUAUUAUUAGAUACCAUUUACAUUACUUUUCAAAAGUUUUUUUGAAAAAAUGAAUACUUUUAUUCAGCAAGGA